AUGCUGCGCUCCGGCACGGUGCUGCUGCCGGCCUUUUUAGGCUGGCUGUUCACGUACUACAACAGCAAGAAGACGGAUGAGCGCAAGGCCCAGAUCGACCGCAUCAACGACCAAGUGCGGCUGCUGUACGGGCCGCUGCUGGCGUGCGUGCACGCCUCGCGCUCCGCCUAUGCGGCCAUGGUGCGCCAGCACAGCCCGGACGGCACGGUGCACGGCUUUGUGCAGGCGGUGCAGGCGCACCCGGAGGGCGCGGAGGGAGAGGCGUACAGGCGGUGGAUGCGGGUGGUGCUGCAGCCUCUGAACGAGCGGGCUGCCGACACCGUGGUCAACCACGUGGACCUGCUGCGCACGCCCUACAUCGACCCGCUGCUGCUGCAGCUGGUGGCCCACGUGUCCGCCAACAAGGUCAUCCUGCGGCGCUGGGAGGAGGGCAGCGUGCGCGAGUGGUCGGCCAUCUCAUACCCCAACCAGGCAAGCUGGAAGGGUGGAUUCUCUCCUAUAUUGUCAUGGAAAGCACCGUGUGCAUGGGGUCCACCACAGCAAGGCCGCGGCGACUCCAGCUCAGGCCCCGAUCCCAACCGGCUGCUGGACUAUGUCACCGCCGAGUUCAGGCGCAUCAAGCGCAAGCAAUCGGUGCUGCUGGGCCUGCCGCAGCGCGCGCUGGUGGCUGGCGAGGGCGACACCACCGCCGCCGACGAAGACAGGCUGGAGCCGGCGCCGCCGCGCCCGCCCCGCGCGCGCUUGUAG